UGACCCGCCGAUCAUUAAAUUUGCGCUCUCUGAUUAUCCCACACACGUCACAGCGGCUGAAAUUGAAGAAGUACGUCGUCUUAUUGAAAUGUUGCGUUUGAAACAAUCGCUACUCUCAGAUAUUACAUUGCCUUCGGAGGAUUCUCUUUGUCCGAUUUGUUGUGCCAAACCGAUAACGGUGAUUUUUACGCCGUGCAAACACCAAUCGUGUAGUAAUUGCAUUAUGCAACAUCUAAUGAAUUCGAAGGUCUGCUUCUAUUGCAAGACACUUAUAAAAACCAUCGAAACUAAUGAAGGCACAGUGAUUUACAACAACAACGAAUAUACAUCAGCACCAACAUUCUAUGAGAUUUAGUAAAGCUAUGUGUCACAACAUUUCAUACGAAGUGUUAAAUAUUGCUUGACCCACCUGAUUCUAGUCAAAUAUUUGUGACUACUUUAGUAAACUUAAUUAACAAUUAAAACUGCCUGAAAUUAUAUUUAUAAAAACAAAAAAAAAGUUUACCAAAGUUACAAAUUUUUACAAAAUGAAAAAAGAGAUGCAUUUGUUUUAGCUUUAAAUGUUAUUGUGAUACGCUUUAAUGAACGAAUAAACACGUUUACACUCGCGAUAUACUUAUAUAUAAAUAUAUAUAUAUAUAUAUAUAUAUAACACACAAACAGGCCUCCAACAGCAAACACACAUAGAUUGCAAUGUGUGAAUAUGACAAAUAUUUUAUUGCACUUAAAAGCACGCUUUAGAGCAAUUUAUUCAAGCAAUUAUAAUGAAGUUUUAUAUAACGGCUAUUACUUGUAAAAUAGCAAAAUUCAAAAUUUAAAUAAAAACAAAAUAGAAAAUUACUUACAAUUCAACAAAAA